AUGGGGAUCACUCCCGAUAGGUUGCGGCCAGCACCUAUGCCCUUCAAAGGCUUCACAGGGGACACCAUCCAACCGAUCGAGGCAAUCGCUCUGUCUGUAUUGGUAGGAACCGCUCCCAAAACAACAUCUCUUAUGAUAGGCUUCUUGGUAGUGAAGGCCCCUUCUUCGUACAAUGUGAUACUCGGAUGCCCAUCCUUGAACCAAAUGAAAACUGUGACUUCCACAUAUCACCUGAAGGUAAAAUUUCCGACUCCAUCGGGAGUAGGAGAAAUGCAUGGCGAAGAGCAAACCGCAAGAGAUUGCUACACCAGGGAGAUGAAGUCGAAAGCAAUAGCUAUACAAACUCUUGAGCAAGGCCGCAUGGAAGUGGCCACACCUCCACUUCUGGCUCAGACCAAACCAGACCAAGAGGUAGGGGAUGAAAAGGCAUUGAGGCAGGCGGAACUCAAUGGGGCGGCCAUGCCUCCACCUCCACCUGUAACUGAACUAGACCGUGAAGUUAGGGAUGAAGAGGCACUGAGCUAG